GCACGGAGCAGCAGCGGGGCCCGGCCGCCGCCACCUCUGAGGCCGGGCGGUCCGGCUCCUGUCUGAUUUGAGCGGCCGUAGGCGCGGGGGGGCGGCCGCGAUGGGCCCACAGGUGGAGCGGGAGAGGGGAUCUGGGGAGCUUUCCAGAGCUCAUCGCUGUGUGCAAAGGAGGCGCGGACGAGAUACGGCCAGGCUCCAUUCCGUGGUGCUCGGUGGCGGGGCAGGGGCCUUGGGUACAGCCUGAAACACGGCGGGUCUCUGAGAAGCGCCAGGUGUGGGUGAAGGUGGCCGAGCACUGGCACAGCUGGGCCAGAGAAACUCCUGGGGAGUCUCCAUCCCUGGAAACAUUGGAAAGAUAGCUGGGCAUGGGCCUGGCUAGCUGGCUCUAGGUGGCCCAGCUUUAGCAGGAGGUUGGGCCAGAUGGGCUCCAAAGGCCCCUUCGACCUCAGCUGUUCCAUGAUAACGCGCUUCGGUGACACUGUAGCACAUAUUAAAUCUCCAUUGCCACUCAAAUAAGAACUUGCUAUUUGUAACAUCCAUAAUAGCAGAGCUGUUCGGUUUGCUGCACUGUUCUUACCUGAUGUUAUUACAAGCUGAAUGAGUUUUGAACAGCAAAACUGAGCAAGGGAAGUUUUGUGGCAUUAAUUCCUUGUCUCUGUAUGAUGUUUCCAAGCGGUGAUCCAGGGUCAUGCCACAAACGAUGUAACAACAAGUGCAAUGAAAUCUCAGUGAGACAGUAUGUCAUGUGUACAGCAAUUCUCCUUUUCUAUUGCUUCCAUUUUGCACAGUGAAGUUUGGGUGAAUUUGGAUGAAAUGCUGGAAAUAGCUGAAGUUGUUAUAAUCAAAGAGAGCUAUUUCCUGGAGAAAAAUUGCACUGAUAAUGCAACAAACAUUUCAAGACAGUAGGACAAUGAAAAGACCAUUAUUGUAGGAAAUGUUUGUAAUUAUGUUUUUAAAACCAUGUGACCUGUUGUUUUGAUUUUUUGUUUUGUUUGUUUUUUAAGCAGGCAUUUCUAAAUCAGCUAAAAUGGUUUUAAAGAAGAAGAAGGAAAUUCAGGUGGAUGCAUUCUUUCUUGAUCACCAUCAGCUUGAAAAACUUCAGAGGUUUUCAAAGGCCGAAGAGCAAAAUCUGGCAUCUCUGCUUGUGCACUGUGCAGAGCUGAGAAAUGGCAUCCAGCAGAUCCAGUGCAUUAAACAGAUUAUGCCACUGGUGAAGCAGAUGGAUCAGAGUUCUGCAGGUGAUCCCAUGGUUAAAGCUUGUUUGGAUGUUUUGGGGGAAACAUAUUUUUCACUGGGUGCAAAGAAUCCUUUGAAGAAAGUAUUGGCAAGUUCACUGAACGGUCUUCCUGGACAUCUGAUGGUGCCAGCUGUGCAAAGCUUUGUGUGCUGCCUUCGGGAAGAGCUGAAAGCCACAGAUGUGUAUUUGUACAGAAAAGUGCUGGACAACCUUGCUUCCUGUAUGGAGGACUUCAGCUUAGGUAGAGCCUGUAUUAAGAACCUGUUUGAAGAAGUUCUUCAGUUUCUGCAGAAGUUGCUGCUUGACAUACAGGAAGAAAACAGAAAGAAUCAUGGAAAUUGUAUUGUUCAGACUCAGCUGAUGCACGAUUUACUGAUAGCCAUUAAAGUUUCAAUGAUGCUUAUACAGAAAUUGCAAGAAAAUAUCCAGGGAAGUCUUUGGAAAGAUAGUGAAUCUUUUGUUUGGCAAAGUAUGUGCAGUUUACUGAAAAGUUGCACCAACUUCCUAAUGGAUGCAACGCUCCUGCAGACUGUUCAGACUACCUCAGGCCUGGCUGUUGUUCUCUUCACCAGAGCUAUGUAUGAGCCAGUUGAGGAAUUACCUUCAUUGAUCAGUGGCUUGCUGCGUGGGGCAGUGGAACACUCAGGUGUGCCAGCGUGGUUCCUGAGGAGCUGUGGGGUUCUGUGCACGCCACAGCUCCCGGGCUCGGUGCUGCUCUUCCUUUGCCACGGAGCUCUGGCUAUGCUGGAUUGGAAAAACGGCAGCAUGGGUGAAAAUGGAGAGAAGCUGUUGUUAGAUAUUGCAUCCGUCUUGCUGUCAUUGAGUUCAGAGUUAAAAGAACCCAGUGUGGCAACAUCUUUGUCUAGAAUUCUUGUUAUUUGGACUAAUUCAGCACUGGCUGCCCUUGUUUCAGGCUCUCCAGAUCUAAAACUCAAACUUAAUGGGAGCUCUGAUAUAAUUGGGAAGCUGCUGGAAUACAUUUAUACACACUGGGACCACCCUCUGGAUGCCAUCAGACACCAAACCAAAUUGAUUUUCAAGAAUCUUCUUCAGAUACACCAAACCACCAUUGCUGGAUCCAAUGGAAAAUCAGACCCAUUCUUUGCAAGGCUGAUAAAGCAUUUACUGAGCUUGGAUUGGCAUGUAAAAGGGAAAUAUACUUCUCUUGGCUCUCUGGUGGAAUGUGUGGGCACUGAAAAUAUACUGCAGUUGGACAGGGCAAUUCCAGUGCGGAUCCUGGAUGUGAUGAGUGAUCAAUCUCUUGCCCCUUAUGCCAGUGAUCUUCUGGAAACCAUGUUUACAAAUCACAAGGCCCAUUUUACUUUGAGUUUUCACAAGGGCACCUGGAUUGACCAGUGGCACAACAUCUGGGUUUCUCCUCUUCUGGUAAUACUGUGUGAAGGGAACCAUGACCAAACGACUUACAUAAUAGAUUACUAUUUACCAAAAUUGCUCAAAUGUAACCCUGACAGUCUGAGCUACAUGAUAAGAAUUCUUCAGGCCUCUGCAGAUGCUAAUCUGGGCUCUUGCAGUACUAGAGGAGCUCUUGGAGCAUUGAUGGCCUGCUUGAGAACAGCCAGGGCCCAUGGACAUCUGGAACUUUCAAAUAUUAUGAGCAGUGGUCUUGUAUCCACUGAGUGUAUAAAACAGGGUCUGGUUCAUCAGCACAGCCAGGUUUGCAUUGAUGCUUUAGGUUUGCUCUGUGAAACCCAUCGUACUACAGAAAUUGUGUCUCUGGAAGAAAUGCAACUAAUUCAGUUUUUUAUGCUGUACAACUUGAAUAACCAAUCUCCUUCUGUAAGGCAACAGAUCAUUUCUCUGCUGAGAAAGUUAUUUUGCAGGAUACAAGAAAGUUCUCAAGUGCUUUAUAAAUUGGAGCAAAAUAAAACCAAGCAAGAGUUAGUUGAGAAGUCAACUAAAAUGCCUCCUUUGAGGAUUUUGCAGCAAUACAAAGAUUUCAUGUCAUCUGUAUGUGCCAGACUUUUUGAGGUAUUGUUUCCUGGUUCAUCACACCCAACCAGGUUUUGUGCACUGAGUAUUUUGGAAUCAAUAGCAGAAAUAUUUUCUGUUCCAAAAGGCCAGGCACAAGUUUUCCAGCUGGAUCAGGAGAUGGAUUCUGCUCGUGUCCAGACUCUGAUCCAGUGUUUUGCCAGUACUUUUGAGGAAGUAAAAAUUCUGGCAUUUAGACUUCUGAUGAAGCUACGUGAUGUUGCAUUGAAUUUACAGGGUUCUGAAAAUCUAGAUCUUCUGUUCCAAGCAGCAAUUGAUCUUAGCACAAGCACCAAGCCGUAUGAUUGUGUCACUGCUUCAUAUUUGUUGAACUUUUUGGUGUAUCACAAAGGACUGCAGCACAUUUGUUUAGGAAAACAGCUUAAGCAUAACUCCCAGCUGGAUGAGAACACAUCAGUGAGUACAGUAGAGAAGAACACUUUGGCAGUUAUCAAGCUUUUGUUGGUGAACGUUGAAGAAGAAAUAUUCCAAGCCAAGAAGUCUCUGCUUCAAGCAGCAGCAUCCUUCCCCAUGUAUGGGAGAGUGCACUGUAUAAAUGGGGCUUUGCAGCAAUUACCCUUCAAUAACUUGACCCUGGUGUCUGAAUGGAAGGAAAUAGUGACCAGGCUCAUUCUGAUGUCAUACAGCCUCUCUGCUGUGGUAUCACCAGUAGUACAGAGCUCAUCACCUGAGGGUCUGAUUCCCAUGGACAGUGAUCCAGAAAGUGCAGAUCGCCUGCAGAUGAUUCUGCACGAGAUACAACCACAGGACACAAACGAUUAUUUUAUGCAAGCAAAAAUUCUGAAAGAACACUGCAAAGAAGAAUCUGAAAAGCUGGCUGACCAGAGGCCGAUGAAAAAUAGUUGCAUGGAAAUGAGAGGCAAAGACAGGCAAGCGUGUGAUGUCACAGCUCAAAUGGUUCUUGUCUGCUGCUGGAGAAGCAUGAAGGAAGUAUCUCUGCUCCUAGGGACACUGUGUAAACUUUUGCCCUCACAGACUACAUCUGAACCUUCAGAGGGGUUGAUUACUGUAGAACAGGUUAAAAAUAUUGGUGAUUACUUUAAACAUCAUCUGCUGCAAUCAAGGCACAGGGGUGCAUUUGAGUUGGCAUAUGCUGGCUUCGUGCAACUUACAGAAAUGCUUUCCAGAUGUAACAGUGAGAGUCUGCACAAGAUGCCAGAGCACUGGCUAAGCUGUGUGUUAGAAGAAAUUAAAUCUUGUGAUCCUUCUUCCACACUGUGUGCAACCCGACGGAGUGCAGGAAUCCCAUUCUACAUACAGGCUUUGUUGGCAUCAGAACCAAAGAAGGGCAAAACAAAUUUGCUGAAAAUGGCAAUGAAAGAAUUGAUAUCUCUGGCUGCACCUUUGAAUGAAUCUUUAAGUGUAAUUCCACAGGUUCAUGCUUUAAAUAUCCUCCGGGCACUGUAUAGGGAUACACGUUUAGGUGAAAACAUCAUGCCUUAUGUUGCAGAUGGAAUAAAAGCAUCAAUUCUAGGGUUUAUGUCACCUGUCUGGGCAGUACGAAACUCAUCUACACUUCUUUUUAGUGCCCUGAUUACAAGAAUUUUUGGAGUUAAAAGAGAGAAAGAUGAAAAUUCCAAAAAAAAUAGAAUGACGGGAAGGGAGUUUUUCUCUCGGUUUCCAAGCCUUUAUCCUUUCCUUCUCAAGCAGUUAGAGAUUGUAACCAGCACUUUGAACAGUGAAACUGAAGAGUUGAAAAUCCAUCCAAGCCUGUUUCUUUUGCUCUUAAUCCUGGGAAGACUGUAUCCCUCUCCAAUGGAUGGCUCUCACUCAACUCUCAGCAUAGCACCUUUUGUCCCCUUUAUUAUAAGGCUAAAUCCUUGUUUAGUGACCAGAGCUGCCUAUCUUGAUGUUCUUGUGAUGUUGAGUACUCACCUGGAGAAGUUUCAAAAGCAAGGAAUGCAAUUCCUUGACUUUUGGGAAGAGAUGAAGAGAGUGAUUUCAGAUUCUGAAUUGGUGUCUGGUAUUCCCGACUCACCUGCAGUACCAGGACUGAUACAAUAUCUCCAGAGCAUCACCAGGCUUGUAAUAUCAGUGCUGUCAGUGACUGCAGGGCCUGACCUGCAGAGCUGUGCUUCAGCAGCUGCAGAGGACACGGCCAAGCCCUCGCUGUCAGUGGCUCAUCUCCUGCACUGUGAGUUCCACGAGGUGCGGCUGCUGGCGUUGGAGGCAAUUCUGCUGGGCCUGAGACAAAGAAAUUCCAAGCAGAUUGCAGAAGGAAGAGGAGGUGCAUUAUGUUUACCCACUGAUUUGGAAGACACUCUUCUCAGAAUGGCUUUGAAGGAAACAAAUCCCCAGUGUUUUUGCAAGGUGCUGGAAAUUCUUUACAAUAUGGAUCUCAGAAAUGUUCUUCCAAAGACUGAAUGUUCCAUAAAAAUGAAUCCAAAUCAGCUCUUAACCUGGAGUUUAAACCUUGUAGAUAUCUCCAGCAGCCCUGAAGGUCAAACCAUAGCUCUGAAAUUUGCCUCCAAAUUGAUUAUCCACCUUUUGCAGAACCAUCAGCAGAUUCCAGAAGAAGUCUUGAAAAAAUGGGUUCAGCUGAUAAUGUAUUUUUGUGAAGAUGAGCAAGAGACAGAGAUGCUGUUAGCAGCUGCUGAAGUUCUUAAAAGUAUAACAUCAUUCCUUCUGAGCAGUGAGAAGCUCAUUCUUGGACUGUCUGAUACCCUUGGUCUGUGGAGAUGUGUGAUUCUCCUGCUGCAGAAUGAAGACUUGGUAGUAAGGGAUGCUGCUGCUGAAGUGAUACAAGUGGCACAGUCAGAAAAAAAGAGCAAUGAAGGAACAGAAUUUGCCUUUAGGAUAGUGAAUGCUCCAAUGGCCCUGGAUUUAGCCUUUGGCAUAGUGUGUGAACUGCUCCAGCGGUGGGGGGAGAUCCAUGCCGGUGUCCCAGUCCUGCUGGAGUGGCUUUUGGGAGACACUGACCUGCAAAGAGAUGGGGACACUUCUGCCCUGGAAGAAGAUGAUUCCCUGUUUGAUAAAGGAGAAGUGAAUUUUUGGGCAGAGAAGCUGACUCAUGUGAGACAACUGAGUAAGCACCUUCUACAUCUUGUAUCAGUGACUCACCUCACCUUACCAGAUCAUGGGGAGCUUAAUCAUCUAUCAGGAAUAGCACUGGACCAAGCCCAGCGCAUUGAACACCUUCUUGGAGCCCUACCUCCAGUUCCAGAGUUCUCCAGAACUCCAGAAUUCACAAGAUUGGCUAUUCAAAGGGAGAGAAUAUCAGUCUGUCUUAAAAUAUUAAAUCUGCUGAAGCCUGAUGACGCUUGCAAAAAUGAAAAUCUGGAAAAGUAAAUUACUAAAACUUCAUACUCAGGGAGCUGCACACAUUACUGGAUGGGCAGGGAGACUGUAUUCCAGCAAUGUUCAAGGAAUCAGGGAUUGCUGUGAUGACUUCAGGAAACCUGCAGUACCUUCAGUAUUCAGGCUAGAACUACAUUUUUUGUAUUGAUUAAUUGUGCAUUGAUUUUUUUUUAAUGGGACAUGCAGUGGAAGACUUUUCCUUUUAAAUGCAUUUGUUAAUUUCAUUCAGCUGAGCAUUGUUUAUUACAGCUACUGUAGGAAGUAAAGCAGCUAAACUUAAUAUUUUCCAUUCAUCCAGGUGCAGGCCACCUGUAGUUCUGUUAUGUUUUGUUCCACAUUUUUACCUCCUGUAUUUUAAUACCAAGAAAAAGUUUAUUUUUUUGGUCUCAUUUCAAGAUGUAGCUUGUGACUUGUGAAAUUAAUAUGCUUUUUAAAAACCUUUAAGUGUUUCUAAUAGAAAAACAAACCGUGACUUCUUUGUGGCAAUUUUUAGAGUAUAUUUUAAAUUUUACUGCAUUUUCCUCUGGAGGAAGACAAGGAUUUUCACUUUGGUAGUAACCUUGUUUUGCACAUUGAAACAGCACUAGUUAGAUUUCUGCAUGCCUCUUUUCUCCUUUAAAUCAAAUAACUACUUUCAUAAAAUGGCUCUGAAAUGAAGACUUGCUGUGUUCAAAACGAAGCAGCUGUUCCAUUGCAAACGAAACAGUUCCAUCUUCCCUUCAAACACCUUGCUCUGCAAGCAGGCCUGGAAAGCAAGUCCUGCCGAGGAGCAGGGAAGGGUUCCAGAGGUGUUUCUGUGCUGCUGCCCUUGCUUCUGGGAGAUGCUGGAGAUGCUCCACCAGCUGGGGCAGCUGUAGGGACUGUUCUGAGUGCUCCAGGGCCUUGCUGUGUCUAAAGCACAAAAAAGCUUGUUGUGCAUCGAAUGGUUUCUUUCUCUGAACUGGAAGUGGGUUUUGAUAUGAAAAUGAGACAUCAAAAAUAAAUAAACAGUGAUGUGAAAA